CUUGGAGGGAGUAUGUUUAAGCAAUCAUUUAUUAACCGUUUAGUUGUAGUUAAUGUACACGGAAUAAUACAGAAAUAAAGAUGGAUUCCGAUGAAUCUCCUUCAAAAAGUCAGCUGAAAUCAGGUCUUAGCGGAAGCAGAAGCUACACAAAGGAAGAGAAACGAAAGAAUGCACAGAAAAAGAUUCGUGCAAAAGCAGCGCAGGCAAACCUAACAAUGUUAGGACAGUAUCCUCCAGACUGGAGCUGGGUCCACGAGGUGCUCAGCAAUAUCACACAACAGUUCCCUGCAGAGCUGAUAAAAACAGGUUCGCCAAACUACCUUUGCUCUGCUCUUCCAUCCCACUGGAGAUCCAACAAGUCGUUACCAAUCACGUUCCGGGUUGUUGCUCUCAGCCAUAUAGAAGAUGGGACCCUUGUUUCCCUUGCAACGGGGAAUGAUGAUAAUUAUGGAUCUGAAUUAAGAAAUAACACUGCAACUAUGAAGGAUAAUAUUGCCACCUUCAGUGAUCUGAGGUUUGUUGGAAGAUCAGGGCGAGGAAAGCAUUUUAACCUUACCAUCACCAUAAACACUUGCCCUACUGAAGUAGCUGUGUAUCCAAGCUGUAUCAAGGUUACUGUAGAUGGUCCAAGAGAACCUAGAAAUAAAUCCAAAUUUCAAUUCUAUAACUCCAUGGAGGAGUUUGGCCAAUGCGAGGGGGAACGUCAAGAUGACAGCAGUAGUCCGAUCAGUGACUGCUUGACACCCACAGUUCUUAGUGAAGAAUCACACAGUCCUCUUUCUUUUCAGAUCCAGCCGUCAUAUCUGGCCCCAUAUUCACAAGACUAUGAUCACUAUCCAACACUGGCUAUGCUGUAUCCAAAGAUUCCAGCUUUAAGCUAUUCUCCUAUUCAAUAUCCCAUCACAUCUGAUUAUAGUGGGGAUCAUUAUCAAUCAUCUGUUGAGGAUACAACAUUUGCAGAAGCAUUUUCAGCACUGAGCAGUUACAUUCCUGGAUCUUAUCCAGAUACAGCCCGUGCAAGCACAUCUGAGAUGUACCAUAAUGGUAAUCUUGUAUCUUCUACUGAAGAGCAUAGAGAAUUUGAGGCUCUGCAGCCAGUAGGCUUGUAUGAAAGUGUAAAACAUAACAAUAUCACAAAUGAGUUCCAUGAAAUGCAUAAUGGUGGGUUUUCUGAUUUCUACUACCCUCCAGAUUCUCAUGUUAAUCUCUGCAGUACAACGGAUACUCUCAGCCAGGCAGAGUCUAUUCUUGAAAUCCCAAGUCAUGUGGUUACAACAAAUGACAUGGACACCAGCAAUAUGGAGACUGAAAUAAAUGUUGGAGCUGGGCCUAACUUUCAGGCAGUUUCAGACGUUUUCUUUGAUAAUAAUGAAGACUAUCACAAUUUACAAAGCAUGAGUUUAACAAAGCAGGAAAAUUUGUGGCGUCCGUAUUGACCUUCUUUUAUUGCAUUUGGAAAUAAAAUUACUUUUAAUUGCUUCAUUAA